AUGUGCAUCCGUAAUAUUUCUUGCAGCGGCGUCACUGUUCAGUAUAAUGGAGCUCAGCUCACAUGUGAAUUUAGUCGUGAUGAAGUUCUCGUUGAAAAUCUUGUAGAGAGAUCUGAUGCCAAUACCUGGAUCUUUAACGCCACUACGACUACAACAACUCCAGCUGCAACUACUACAACUACUUCUGCAACCAUAACAACUACUCCAUCGACUUCUUCAACAACUACAGAUACAACUACAACCACCACAACCCCCACUACUACUGACACAACUACAACCAACACAGCUCCCACUACUACUGGUACAACUACAACCACCACAGCCCCCACCACUACUGAUACAACUACAACUACCAAAACUUCAACUACUACAACUACAACCACCACAACCCCAACUACAACUAAAGCAAAAACUUGCUCAUCAUACUACGUUAUGUUUAAUGGUUCCUGCUACUACUUUCACUAUAAUAAUUGUUGGAAUAAGGACUGGGUAACUGCACAAAAUGAUUGCAAAACAAAUGGCAGUGAGUUGGUCAAGAUAACAAGCCAAGGGGAGAAUGACUUCAUUAAAGGUAAAGUAAGUAGCAGUGGCUUCUGGACUGGACUGAAUGACAGAGCAAAGGAAAAGGACUUUAAAUGGUCUGUGGACAACAGCGCUGUUGAAGACAAUGUCUGUUCAGCAAGCAGCACAUGCAGCGACAAUAAUGGUUACUGCUACAGUGUGCUGAGCAGCCACGUACGCAGUGGUACAGUGUUCUCUGAAGAAUGCAGUGGGACAAAUUGUUCCUGCUGCAUUGAAGAAUUCAGAGUUUGUGGAAAUGACUGUACGUGCACAGCUCAAGGGGGUUACUGCUACAAUGAAUUAAGUGGCCAAGAUUGUAAUGACAUCAUUGAUGCAACACUGUGCUCUGGUGCAACAUGA